UGACGGAUCGUUCGUGCUCUCGUGACGCCGGAAUAUAUUCAACGAAUAACGAAUUAAUUUUAUAUAAGUUUGUGUAUAAUUUUCACAACGAAGAAAAAGAUCCUACGUUGAUUUAACAUCCACCGGUUAUACGCGAGUUGCACAUUUGAAACAUGGUGUUAAUUAUCGCGAACUGUAUAAUGCUUCAUUUUAAUGUUCGCAAUUUUAGUUCGCUUAUCGCAGAUAUUCGAGAGAGCGAGAGAGAGAGAGAGAGAUAAACAACGAUAAGUGGCAAUAAAUUUUCGGUUAGGAGCAAACAAUUUCGUAAUGCGAAUACUCUCUAUCCCUCUCUAUUAUUUGCACUCUACGCGUUCUUGUGCGAGAAAUCGUAAAUCAAUAUUUUGAUGAGAACGUACAUGUAUUUAGAAUUGAGACUAACUGCAAUAUCGUAUUAUCAGAUGUGCCACAUUAUUUUAUCAGAUAAUGAGAUCGUUUAACACCGACAACGUCGCUUUUGUGACAAACAAGGAUUACUCGACAUAUCGAGAAUAUGGAAUCUUCGCAAGUAGAUGUGACCUGAAAUACUACGUCCAUGCUCGAAAUACUUCCACGAAUGCAGUCUGACAAGGUGUGCAUAUUCUAUCUGCGUAGAUAUAUGAUAUAUCUACAGGCUUAUAAUUCGUCUCGGUAAGAUGCAAUGCUGCGAGAAAAGACUCCAUCCAAGGUAUAAAAGGGGAUGCGUCUCGUCGGGUCCGUAACAGUUUCAAUAGUGAUCCCUGCAUCGCCGUAUCAUUGUCAUCAUGAAUGCUAUACUUCUAUUAACCAUUCUCGGUCUGACAAUGCCUAUUUUUGGCGAGGAGACACAGGUGAAGAAACGGGACAAAAGGGGCACUCUGGGUUUAAGUCAAGGCUUUGGAGGUUCUGGACUUCGUGGGAAUUCUUUAGCAGCAGGCUACGGACAGCAGAGCUAUAUCGGCGGCGCUUCUCUAGAUCAUGGUGUCUCUGCACCUGCUUAUUCCCAUAACUAUAACGCGCCCGCAUAUUCGUCGCAUCGUAUCGAUUAUUCCCGCGGCUCGGGAUACGGUGCCUUCGGACACGGUGGACCAGGUUACAACCAGGGAGGACUCGGUUACGCUGCAACAAGACUAGGAUACGGCGCGGCUGGACUCGGGUACAAUCAAGCAGGACACGGAUACAAUGCAGCAGGACACGGAUACAAUGCAGCAGGACUCGGAUAUAAUGCAGCAGGACUCGGAUAUAAUGCAGCAGGACUCAGAUACAACACAGCAGCAGGACACGGAUAUAACGCGGGAUACGGAUAUGAUGCAGGAUUGGGACAUGCCGCUGGUCUUAAUACCGGUUACCGUCACGGGUGGUGAAGAUAUGAGCAAUGUUAAUCGAUGCCGAUAUGAAUCUUUUUUCGAUCUUACAACCCUUUUCCAACCAUAUUAUUUUCUUUGCUAAGCUUUGUACAUCAAUGCGACUUCUCAAUAAACUCUCCACUUUUUAAUAA